AGUAGAUCGAAAGAACUAGCUAGGCGGAUGGAAAAUACGAAGAGCGAACCGUACUUCGUUUUCAUGAACUAUGAUCCACAAUACGCUCGCCUUCGAUCUGAACAAAAGAAAGGGACGUCAGAUGAGCUGGAUCUGUACCUGAGCCGGAAGCAUGAUGAGCUUUUGGAAAGCACCCUCGAACCAGGAACUUACAGGAGGACAAUGUCCCUGGUUAUUGUUGAUGGCUUUGCUGUGGAAAUUGACGAGGACCAGGCGAGUAAGCUUAGAUCUGCAAAGGGAGUGAGAUUGGUGGAGAAAAAUCAAGAGAUUGCUUAACAAGGGACAAGGCUAAGUUCAGUAGAGAGUUAUAGAGAUCGAUGGCGACCAGUACGUGUGAAUGUGUAAUGGGUUCGGAUGCAGUUUAGAUCAAGGAAGUAUGAGACGUGUGUAUUUGAUUUAAUGAUCAGCUUGCUGUCAUUAUACCAUCAUUAUUAUGUAAUAUAUAUCGUAGUAGUCUAUCUAAGGAGGAAAA